CUUCCGCGCGCAAGCGCACUUUGAAUCACGUGGUGACUCCGAGCUUGAGGCUGAAUUAAGAAUAGUCAGGUGGUGAGUGGACCGUCUCUCUGGGUGUUGGAAUUCAAAACGGAUCUGGAGGAUGUUGAUCUCCAAGAACAUGCCCUGGCGGCGGCUGCAGGGCAUUUCCUUCGGGAUGUAUUCGGCUGAAGAGCUCAAGAAAUUAAGUGUUAAGUCCAUUACGAACCCUCGGUACCUGGACAGCCUGGGGAACCCAUCGGCAAAUGGCCUGUACGAUUUAGCUUUGGGUCCUGCAGAUUCCAAAGAGGUGUGCUCCACCUGCGUGCAGGACUUCAACAACUGCUCCGGGCACCUGGGCCACAUUGAGCUCCCACUCACGGUGUAUAACCCUCUCCUCUUCGAUAAGCUGUACCUGCUGCUUCGGGGCUCUUGUUUAAACUGCCACAUGCUGACUUGUCCCCGGGCCGUGAUUCACCUCUUACUCUGCCAGCUAAGGGUUCUGGAAGUCGGGGCCCUUCAAGCAGUCUACGAGCUUGAGAGAAUUCUGAACAGGUUUCUGGAAGAAAAUGCUGAUCCCUCUGCUUCUGAAAUUCAGAAGGAAUUAGAACAAUACACAGUUGAAAUUGUGCAGAACAACCUCCUGGAGUCCCAGGGUGCACAUGUAAAGAACGUGUGUGAGAGCAAGAGCAAGCUCACUGCUGUCUUCUGGAAGGCACAUAUGAAUGCUAAGCGCUGUCCCCACUGCAAGACUGGGCGAUCUGUUGUCCGAAAGGAACACAAUAGCAAGUUGACGAUCACGUUUCCAGCCAUGGUGCACAGGACAGCUGGCCAGAAGGACUCCGAGCCCCUGGGAAUUGAGGAAACUCAGAUGGGAAAACGAGGAUACUUAACACCCACCAGUGCCCGCGAACACCUUUUUGCCCUGUGGAAGAAUGAAGGAUUCUUUCUGAACUACCUUUUUUCGGGAAUGGAUGAUGAUGGUAUGGAGUCCAGAUUCAAUCCCAGUGUGUUCUUUCUCGAUUUCUUGGUGGUGCCACCCUCAAGGUAUCGCCCAGUCAGUCGCCUAGGAGACCAGAUGUUUACCAAUGGCCAGACGGUGAACUUGCAGGCUGUCAUGAAGGAUGUAGUUCUGAUUCGAAAACUUCUGGCCUUGAUGGCCCAAGCACAGAAGCUGCCAGAGGAAGUGGCCGCACCCCGUCCAGAUGAGGAAAAAGAGUCUUUGAUUGCUAUUGACCAAUCCUUUUUGAGUACACUUCCAGGCCAGUCCUUCAUAGACAAACUUUACAACAUUUGGAUUCGCCUUCAGAGCCACGUCAAUAUUGUGUUUGAUAGUGAGAUGGACAAACUAAUGAUGGACAAGUACCCAGGCAUUAGGCAGAUCCUGGAGAAGAAAGAAGGCCUGUUCCGAAAACACAUGAUGGGAAAGCGAGUGGACUAUGCUGCGCGCUCAGUCAUCUGCCCAGACAUGUACAUCAACACCAACGAAAUUGGAAUUCCCAUGGUAUUUGCCACGAAACUGACCUACCCGCAGCCAGUUACCCCGUGGAAUGUUCAGGAACUUAGGCAAGCGGUCAUCAACGGCCCCAAUGUACACCCAGGAGCCUCCAUGGUCAUCAAUGAGGACGGCAGCCGCACAGCCCUGAGUGCUGUGGACAUGACCCAGCGAGAGGCCGUGGCCAAGCAGCUCCUGACCCCAGCCACAGGGGCACCUAAGCCCCAGGGGACAAAAAUUGUGUGCCGGCAUGUGAAGAAUGGGGACAUUCUGCUACUAAACCGACAGCCCACCCUGCACAGACCCUCCAUCCAGGCCCACCACGCCCGCAUCCUGCCUGAAGAGAAAGUGCUCCGACUCCACUAUGCCAACUGCAAGGCCUAUAAUGCCGACUUUGAUGGAGAUGAGAUGAAUGCCCAUUUCCCCCAGAGUGAGCUGGGCCGGGCGGAGGCCUACGUCCUGGCCUGCACUGAUCAGCAGUACCUUGUUCCCAAGGAUGGCCAACCAUUGGCGGGACUGAUCCAGGAUCACAUGGUUUCAGGUGCAAGCAUGACUACUCGGGGUUGCUUUUUCACCCGGGAGCAGUAUAUGGAGCUAGUGUACCGAGGACUCACAGACAAAGUGGGGCGCGUGAAGCUCUUUCCUCCUUCCAUCCUGAAGCCCUUUCCGCUGUGGACAGGAAAACAGAUUUUGUCAACGCUGCUCAUAAAUAUAAUCCCAGAGGAUCACAUCCCGCUGAACUUAUCUGGAAAGGCAAAAAUCACCGGGAAAGCCUGGGUGAAGGAAACUCCUCGAUCUGUUCCUGGCUUUAACCCUGACUCGAUGUGCGAGUCCCAGGUAGUCAUCAGGGAAGGGGAGCUGCUCUGCGGAGUGCUGGACAAGGCGCACUAUGGGAGCUCCGCCUAUGGCCUGGUCCACUGCUGCUAUGAGAUCUAUGGGGGCGAGACCAGCGGCAGGGUUCUAACCUGCCUGGCCCGCCUCUUCACCGCCUACCUGCAGCUCUACAGAGGCUUCACCUUGGGCGUGGAAGACAUUUUGGUGAAGCCAAAGGCAGAUGUCAAGAGGCAACGUAUCAUUGAAGAAUCCACCCACUGUGGGCCCCGGGCUGUCAGGGCUGCAUUAAACCUGCCAGAAGCCACAUCGUAUGAUGAGAUCCGAGGAAAAUGGCAGGAUGCCCAUCUGGGCAAGGACCAGAGGGAUUUUAACAUGAUUGAUCUGAAGUUCAAGGAGGAAGUGAACCAUUACAGCAAUGAGAUUAACAAGGCAUGCAUGCCUUUUGGCCUACACAGACAGUUCCCAGAGAACAGCCUGCAGAUGAUGGUGCAGUCGGGAGCCAAAGGUUCAACUGUGAACACGAUGCAGAUCUCGUGCCUCCUGGGCCAGAUUGAAUUGGAAGGUCGGAGACCCCCGCUGAUGGCGUCUGGCAAGUCACUGCCCUGCUUUGAGCCUUAUGAGUUCACCCCCAGGGCUGGUGGCUUUGUCACUGGCAGAUUUCUCACUGGCAUCAAACCUCCUGAGUUCUUCUUCCACUGCAUGGCAGGACGAGAGGGCCUGGUCGACACUGCUGUGAAAACCAGCCGCUCAGGCUAUCUCCAAAGGUGCAUCAUCAAGCACCUGGAGGGGCUGGUCGUGCAGUAUGAUCUCACGGUCCGUGACAGCGACGGCAGUGUGGUACAGUUCCUGUAUGGGGAGGAUGGCCUGGACAUCCCCAAGACACAGUUUCUGCAGCCCAAGCAGUUCCCCUUCCUGGCCAGCAACUACGAGGUGAUAAUGAAAUCGCAGCAUCUCCAUGAAGUUUUAUCCAGAGCAGAUCCCAAAAAAGCUCUCCGCCACUUCAGAGCUAUCAAAAAAUGGCAAAGCAAGCACCCUAACACGCUGCUGAGAAGAGGCGCCUUCUUGAGUUAUUCCCAGAAAAUUCAGGCGGCUGUGAAAGCCCUGAACCUUGAGAGUGAAAACCGGAAUGGCCGCAGCCCCGGGACUCAGGAGAUGCUGAGGAUGUGGUAUGAGUUGGAUGAGGAAAGCCGAAGGAAAUACCAGAAGAAGGCGGCCACUUGUCCUGACCCCAGUCUGUCUGUCUGGCGUCCUGAUAUUUACUUUGCAUCAGUUUCCGAAACGUUUGAAACAAAGGUUGAUGACUAUAGUCAAGAGUGGGCAGCUCAAACAGAGAAGAGUUAUGAGAAAUCAGAGCUUUCUCUCGACAGGUUGAGGACCUUGCUGCAGCUGAAGUGGCAGCGCUCACUGUGUGAGCCGGGUGAGGCUGUGGGCCUGCUAGCUGCCCAGAGCAUCGGAGAGCCCUCCACCCAGAUGACCCUCAACACCUUCCACUUUGCAGGCAGAGGCGAGAUGAACGUCACCCUGGGCAUUCCAAGGUUGCGGGAGAUUCUCAUGGUGGCCAGCGCCAACAUCAAGACGCCCAUGAUGAGCGUGCCCGUGCUCAACACCAAGAAAGCCCUGAAGAGAGUGAAAAGCCUGAAGAAACAACUCACCAGGGUGUGCUUAGGGGAGGUGUUGCAGAAAAUUGACAUCCAGGAGUCCUUCUGUAUGGAAGAAAAACAGAACAAAUUCCAGGUGUACCAGCUGCGGUUUCACUUCCUGCCACAUGCAUAUUACCAGCAGGAGAAGUGCCUGAGACCCGAGGACAUCCUACGCUUCAUGGAAACAAGAUUCUUUAAACUUCUGAUGGAAUCCAUCAAAAAGAAGAAUAAUAAAGCAUCAGCCUUCAGGAAUGUAAAUACUCGAAGAGCUACACAGCGGGAUCUGGACAACGCUGGAGAGUCAGGGAGAAGUCAGGGAGAGCAGGAGGGCGAUGAGGAAGAAGAGGGGCACAUUGUGGAUGCUGAAGCUGAGGAGGGGGACGCUGAUGCCUCUGAUGCCAAACGCAAGGAGAAGCAGGAGGAGGAGGUUGAUUAUGAGAGUGAGGAAGAGGAGGAGAGGGAGGGUGAGGAGAACGACGAUGAAAACACGCAGGAGGAACGAAAUCCCCACAGGGAAGGUGCUCGAGAGACCCAAGAGCGAGACGAAGAGGUGGGCUCAGGCGCCGAAGAGGACCCGGCCCUUCCCACCCUCCUGACUCAGCCCCGGAAACCCACCCACGGCCAGGAGCCCCAGGGGCCCGAGGCCAUGGAGCGCCGGGUCCAGGCUGUGCGUGAGAUCCACUCGUUCAUAGAUGACUACCAGUACGACACUGAGGAGAGUCUGUGGUGCCAGGUGACCAUGAAGCUCCCUCUGAUGAAGAUCAACUUUGACAUGGGCUCCCUGGUAGUAUCUUUGGCCCAUGGCGCCGUCAUCUAUGCGACCAAGGGCAUCACUCGGUGCCUCCUGAAUGAAACAACCAACAAUAAGAACGAGAAGGAACUUGUGCUAAACACAGAAGGAAUCAAUCUCCCAGAGCUGUUCAAGUAUGCAGAGGUCCUGGAUCUGCGCCGCCUCUACUCCAAUGACAUCCACGCCAUGGCCAACACGUAUGGCAUCGAGGCCGCACUGCGGGUGAUCGAGAAGGAGAUCAAGGAUGUGUUUGCCGUGUAUGGCAUCACGGUCGACCCUCGCCAUCUCUCCCUGGUUGCUGAUUAUAUGUGCUUUGAGGGUGUUUACAAACCACUGAAUCGCUUUGGGAUCCGGUCAAACUCUUCCCCGCUACAGCAGAUGACGUUUGAAACCAGCUUCCAGUUUCUGAAGCAAGCCACCAUGCUGGGAUCCCACGAUGAGCUGAGGUCUCCUUCUGCCUGCCUUGUGGUCGGGAAGGUCGUCAAGGGCGGGACAGGUCUGUUCGAGCUCAAGCAGCCGCUGAGAUAGCGGCACCAUCUGCCCAGCUCCAAGGACCCUCAGGGAGGGCGUGGCCCAGCCCGCCUUCUGCAUGAGAGGACCAGGAGACUGGAAUCCAGGGCAGUUCCAAGUGACAGUACAGAGCACAGCAGCGACCUUGGGCCUGAAAACAAUGGGUCUCUGAGCUGGCCCAGUUUCACCUGGAAAGUGACAAAGUUGCUCAUCCUUGCCCCUCCCUGUCUCUGCAUUUGUAUCAAGGUUUACCAAGUCUUCUGAGUCCCCCUGAGAUGGCUGGGGCCUCACCUGUGCCGCAGGAGGCCUCUGUGGCAUAACCGCUAAGGAGAAGCUCUGAUUCACUGAGAAGACCAAGGGGAGGCAAUGCUUUGCUGCUGGGAACCCCAGGCACCUCCAGAGUAGGGAAGCGGGAUUCUUUUGCUAUGAGUGGCCAGGGACAACAGACAAGAUUCCUGGGGGCUCCCGAUGAGCAGGAACAUGGAGCCUGCUGCCCAAGGCCUGCUCCUUCCAGCUGCUCCAGUCCCUGGGGGCAGAGUCCACAGAGAGUCCCCAUCAAGACUUCUUCCCUGAGUCAAGUACAGGGUAGCACAGUCCUCCACCCACCCAUCCUCUCUGCCCAGCCAGGGUGGCAAGGUGUCCUUCUAGACCACAUCAGCCCCAAGGCUGGGGACAGUCGCUCCAGGGCGGCAGCAGUUCACUCCCGCACGUAGAACCCAGGUCACUGCUGGGGCGAUUGAACAGUUUGCCUGACUUUUCUCUGCUGUCAGUUUGGUGUGGAGGCCUAUGUUCUGCCCCAUAUGCCCCAUAGGCCCUGCUUAUGGGAAGGAACACAGGCCUCCACCCAGAGGACUGUGCCGCCCUGUACUUGGUCGUCCACAUUCUGUCUCCCUCUACCACCAGCAACACAUUUCCCUGGCAUGGACAGAAAAGACAGAGAGGACUUGUGCAAAGGCUUUGUAAAACCAGAGGCUGCUGUUUUUGUCUACUGUUAUUUCAGCUCAGGGCGGGUAAUAAACAUCAUUGGAACUAGCUAUUAGGAAAGAAAAAAACUUGGGUUUUUUUAAAACAAUUUUUUCCCUUGAUUUGCAGUUUCUGCAUUUGGAUUUGAGAACCCAGGACAGGGAUUUUCUUGGCACAGUCAGAUCUUGGAUCCCUCUUCCUGUUCUUUCUUGUGUGAGGCCUUAGCAGGAAGAGCUCAGCCUCUGCAGCCUCCUGCACCUCUGCCCCUGGCCUGCCUCUGCAGUGACCCCCUUCCAGAGCUAGCUGCUGGCCCUGUGGCCAGGAGAAUCACAGGGCAGAAGCCUUUAUGCAGAAGCUGUGCUUUGCCUUGGUCUGGUUUGGGGAGGCUGCUGCUGUGACCUCGAGGGUAGGGUUGGGGAUCAAGGGAGGCCUUGUUAAGGGAAAGUGACCAUGUUGCUCCCUACAGACACACAAUAGGACCCAGCCUGCACUUCCUACACCUACACUGGGGAAAGCCCAACAGAAAUCAGUACAUCCUAACAGGGUCUGCCAGGUUCACCAAGGCACGGCACAGAGGAAUAUGACAGUUUUGAGGCAGGCAGGAAAGGCCCAGCCUGCAGGGUAAGGCAUUCAUUCUUUGAUUUAAAGGGCAUAUUCACUUGAUGAUUUCUACACACGCUGGAAUUAUGACAGAUUGUCCUUAAAGGAGAUCACAAAGUAACCUGGUGACUAUGACACAUGGUGAAUGGAUAAGUAUUUGGUUCUGUGGGUUCCAUCUCCCAGGCACUGAGGGCACAGAGGCGAAGGAGCGAGCCCUGCAUAUUGGCAGGGCUGUGACCCUCACGCUUGGAUCAGACCUGCGACCUGUGUUGGGAUGUGAGGGAUGCCCUCCUGCCCCACCCAUCCACAUGGUUCCUGGGCAGCUCUGUUUUGUUCCUGUUUGUUUCCUGAUGGAUGUGUAUUAAGACAGCAUGUCUGAUUUUUAAACAGACAUUUGGGAGCUUGCACAUCCUGAUGAGCGAGGACUCUCACUGUGGUCACUUUAGGGGAUUACACGCUCACUUUCGUGGUUCUCUAUGCCCAGAAGCCUCUGAGAGUGGCCUUGGCAGUUUAAGGUGGCAGAGGCUUUGGAGUCUUCUCAGCACUGAAAGUGCCCAUUGAGGAUGCAUUUGAGUUUUGGAAAGCAGGCCCAAGUCAAAUCUGAUGGAUGGAUUCAAGAACAUGGAUUAAGCUGCAUUGUCAUUUUUAAUCAAAAUGUAAUGGAGAUUGAUCAUCUAGUGGGGUUCACAAACUUUUCAUGAGAGCUGUGAGUUCUUUUUUGAGACGGACUUUUGCUCUUGUUACCCAAGCUAAGUGCAAUGGCACGAUCUCGACUCCACUGCAGCCUCCACCUCCCGGGUUCAAGCAAUUCUGCCUCAGCCUCCCGAUUACCUGGGAUUACAGGCAUGCACCACCACCACGCCUGGCUAAUUUUUGUAUUUUUGUUAGAGAUAGGAUUUCACCAUGUUGGCCAGGCUGGUCUCGAACUCCUAAUCUCAGGUGAUCUGCCCGCUUCAGCCUCUCAAAGUGCUGGGAUUACAGGCCUGAGCCACCGUGCCCGGCUGGAGCUAUGAGUUCUUUCAGAAUCCUGAGAUGCCAUUAGCUAGCCACUGUUUGGCCAUCCUUCUCACAGUUGCCCUUUGGGGUGAUAUCCUUACCUACUUGCUUGCUUCUAACAGAUUUUUUAUUUGUUUUGUAGAGACGGGUUUUGGUUUAUUGCUCAGGCUAGUUUCAAACUCCUGGGCUCAAGCGGUCCUGCCGUUGUGGCCUCCCAAAGUGUUGGGUGGUGUGAGCCACCGUGCCUGGCCAGUUAAUUUUUUUUAGUGUCUCUUUUCUGGGUUCUCACCAGAAACGCUGUCAGCAUUCCCACAGAUAUUCCUGUGAGUCUUUGAAACAUUUUCUAUCCUGCAUUCAGUAAGAAUAAAACCGAGGAAUGGAUGAAGCACCUUGUGUCAUCCCCAGUCUGGAACUUGAACCUUCCUUUCUCUCCACUUUGCCCUACCCCAAAUAAUAUGUACAAAUGUCUGUACCCACUGAGCACGAACUCCCCAUUCCUUUCACUGCCCCAGCCCCUGGCAACUACUGUUCUACGUUCUGUCUCUGUGAACUUGACUUCUCUAGGUCCCUCAUACACGUGGAAAAGUACAGCAUGUCUUUUUGUGACCGGCUUAUUUCACUUAGCAUAAUGUCCUCAAGGUUUAUCCAUGCUGUAGCAUGUGUCAGAAUUCUUGCUUGAGGCUGCUGAUACCUUAUCAUGUGUAUAUACCAUAUUUUGUUUAAUCACUCAUCUGUUGGUGAACACUUGGGUUGCCUCCACCUCUUGGCUGUUGCAAAUAAUGCUGUGAACAUGGAUAUACAGAUAUCUGAGACCAGGACGGACGUUCACACCUGUAAUCCCAGCACGUUGGGAGGCCGAGGCAGGUGGAUCAUCUGAGGUCAGGAGUUUGAGACCACCCUGGCCAACAUGGCAAAACCCCGUCUCUACUAAAAAUACAAAAAUUAGCUGGGCGUGGUGGCGUGUGCCUAUAAUCCCAGCUACUCAGGAGGCUGAGACAGAAGAAUCACUUGAACUCAGGAGGUGGACGUUGCAGUGAGCUGAGAUUGCGCCACUGCACUCGUCUGGGUGACAGAGUGAGACUCUGUCUCAAAAAAAAAAAAAAAAAAAAUCUCAGACCCUGCUUUCCUUUGAAUAUAUACCUAGAAGUGGAAUUGCUGGAUCACAUGGUAAUUAUUUAAUAUUUCUGGGGGAACUGCCGUCCCAUUUUCCACAGCAGCUACACCAUUUUAUGUUCCCACCAACGGUGUACAGCAAUUUCAAUUUCUCCACAUCCUUGUCCUUGGUAUAGUAGCCACCCUAAUGAAUGUGAGAUGCCGUCUCGUGGUUUGGUAUGGACUGUGUUUCAAUCAGAUGUUGGGAGCCUUAAGUGUUCUGCACCUGCGGAGAGUUAGGAAUCACGUAAGGAGUGUCUGUUGCUUGCCAGUCUUAAAAUUUUUAGUUUGCACUUGAAUCAGGGGCUAUAGGAGUCCAGACUGCUCUUGAAAUAGGACAGACUGGUCCUUAAAGGCUGGUUUUGUUGAGUCUUUCAUCAUUGAGUGAUACCACCUCUGCAGAUGGCUCAAUGGGGCAGCCCCAUACCACAGCCUGCCCUUAAGAUGGUGUAGUUUAGACAGGUCACAGAGUUGCUGGGCCUACCGCAGGUCUCCUGACCCUGGUGCAGUUUCACUUCAAUCACAACCACCAAAAUAGUCAAAAAUUCCAAAGUUCCUACACCAUCAACCUCCACCCCACUUCUGUCCAGAGUCCACUUAGAGGCUCUCAGUUUUAUACCUUGGAAACACUUAGGAAGCUUUUUAAAAAGAUUGAUUCUGUAUUUUUAGUAGAGACAGGGUUUCACCCAGCUACUCAGGAGGCUGAGGCAGGAGAAUCGCUUGACCUGGGGAGGUGGAGGUUGCAGUGACCCGAGAUUGCGCCACUCCAGCCUGGGCGACAGAGUGAGACUCGGUCUCAGAAAAAAAAAAAGAAGAUUGAUUCUGGCCAGUCACAGUGGCUUAUACUUACAAUCCCAGCACUUUAAGAGACCCAGGCAGGAGGAUCACUUGAGCUUAGGAGUUUGAGACUAGCCUGGGCAACAUAGACCCCGUAUCUAGAAAAGUUAGCCAGGUGUUAUGACAUGUGCCUGUGGUCCCAGCUAUUCAGGAGGCUGAGGUAAGAGGAGCAAGUGAGCCCAGGAGUUCAAGGUCACAGUGAGCUAUGAUCGCACCACUGCACUCCAGCCUGGGUGACAAGAGUGAGACCCUGUCUGAAAAAAAGAUUGAUCCCAAGGCCUUGCCCAGAGAUUCUGAUUUUAUUAGCCUGGAGUGUGACCUAGGCAUUAGAAGAUCUUCAAGAGAGUCUAAGGUGCAGCAGAAUUGAGAGCCACGGACUUAGAAAAAGCCCUAAAUUGUGGAAAUGCAUGGCCACCGUCACCACCUAUCAAUACGAUGACAUCUCAAGGAGUGAGUCAUUGGCCCUAGGUUUCUGCAGUAAGAUCUUAAGAUCUGAUCUCUGCCCUCAAGUGAGUACAUGUGUGGUAAAGCUGUCAUAGUGCCAUGACAGAUGUCUGCAAGGACUUUACAGUGCAGUCCAAAGAUGCCACCAUCAGCUCCACCUGGGGCUCAACAAAGCCUGAAAGAAGAAAGGGAUGAUGCUUCCAGAAAACUGGAGGCCUGCAGCUCUGCCAGCCCAGCACAGACAGGCCAUUUGUCCAACUUAAAAGUCCCUGCCAGUGGGGGCAGAAGGAGGGAACUCAGCCAGCCAGCAUUUCCUACAAACAGCUCCAUGAGAGGUUUCCACUUAAAAUGCUAAAUCAUAAUUAUUUAAUAAGAUUUGUACCUUAAGUUCUUUAAGCAGCAUCGCUGUCCUACCACAAGUGGUCAUCAAAGAGCAGGGUUUAACUCAACUCUGAGUUACCCAGCAGGGUACCUGGGUAACCACUUGGGUUAAGGUACCCAGCAGGCUUGAUGUGCAUGUGCACCCUGCCCCCUGAUAGGACCUGGUUUAUUCACGGGCUCAGGUGUCACUGCAGCUCCUCAGUGACUAUCUUCGCGCAAGUUGGACUCAGUGGCCUGGGAGGUUUGUUCCAACCCACAGAUGCCUGACCAUUCCCAUCCUGACCAUUCCCAUCCUAACCAUUCCCUCCCCCAUGCUGCAUCCAUCCAACCUUGAUCUCCACUGUGUCCCAGGAACCCUAAGAUGCACAAGCUAUGUGGGUCCUGCCCUCACAGAACUUGUAGUCUUCUGCCCCAAACAAGACGGUUCCCCCUCAUCAUGAUCAGGCCAAAAGUUAAGGUACCCAGCAGGCUUCAUUUACAUGCACACUGCCCCCUGAUAGGAUCAUGCCUUGCACUGCUGGCUGCACUCUAGAGGGUGCUUUGUAGGAAGGACAGAGUGGAGAGGACAGUGGGGAGGUACUUAGCUGUUCAGCGGCCAGACGGGAGGGAAAUUGAAAAAGAAUCAAGAGUCCAGCCAUCCCCUCCACACCUUCUGCCCCCACUUCCACCCUGGCUGCUGGCUCUUUGCCCUUGAAUAUAGGUGAUAUAGGUGUGGGUGUGCGGUUCCAGUCACAGUGCUGCCUCUACGUAUUUUGCAAGUUGGGGUCUUCCUUGCUCAGAAGGCCUGGAGGUCCUGCCAGAUGCUGCCUUCCAGACUGGCUGCCUGCUGCAGUGUUCUCACGGGAGCCAAGGCAGCCCCGGACCUGUAGCCUCCCAUGUGACAGUUUCAGACACCACAGUCCUCAGCUGGACCACAGUAAACACUUGCCUUCCCCAACCCAUGAUUCUUGCUUGGAAACAUGAACCUGAUGUUCCACGUGCAUUCAGCCAAUCAAACCUCAAGAAUGUGAUUGAGCAGUGAGGCUGCGUUCUGGGCAAGACACUGAGCUCUGAGAUAAGACUUUUCUUGGAACCUCAGGCCCUCAACUUACAGUGGGACCCUAAGAAAUGCACUUCAGUUUCCUUUUAUGUAAAAUGGUGAUACAAUUAAUUGUGUUCAUUAAAUCGCACACAACUA